GCAAGCCGUUUAAUGCCCUUAUUGACACAGGGUCUUCUUCCGUGGCCAUAUCAUUGGAUACUGUCAAAAAGACGGGACGACUGGGAUCCAUUCUUCCUCAAUCUGGCAAAGACAAUUAUGUCUCUGCCGACGAGGAGGCAAUGAACAUCGAACGCAUUAUCGAGAACGUGGCUGUAAAAGUCGGGCGAGUACACGUUCUUGUUAACGCGCUCGUAAUAGAUGUACGUUCCUAUUCUGUGUUAUUGGGAUUACCUUGGGCGAUGGCGGUAGGCGCACGUCUGCAUUUCGAUUCGAGACAAUUGGUGCUCACGCAAACGGGGGGAAAGCCUCAAACUGUCCCUUUGCGAGUUUCCACCCGAACGAUAAAACGGGUCCCUAACUCGGCCCAAAUUGGGAUGCUUCGAUGCAUUGAUCCCGAGGAGUGCUCUCCCUCGGACAUCAGUGAUGGAACCAGGGAACAGGAAUACGAAGAAGAGCUGCCCAGCGAAGAUGAAUGGAAGCACCUGGUUGAACUUUUCGAACACGAAAUUCUUGAGGAAUUCCAAGUGUGCCCCGACCCUGCUCGAAGUUUCCACGUGGAUUCCAGAGACAGCGCGUUUGCACCUCCGAUAACUCAAGUUAGUCCUUCGGUCCUGCUUGGGGAACCUAUCUUACAAGUAUCCGACCUGGCUGAUGAUUUGGAACCCCCUCGCACCCUAUACGAGGGAGCUCUCUCCUUACGAACGCGUUAUCAGCAAACGGAACAAUAUUUGGAUGUCUCUGUUUUUCCGCCCAUAUCGUUACUAACGGCAGGAGUCACCAUCGCCUUGCUUAAACAAGAGGCGGAGGCAUCGCUGUCUUUCUGCUUGGCCAGAGUACAUGUGACGUGGACGGGCACUAGCGAGCAUCCCACGUGGAUCGAGAAUCCGGAGCUGCUGAUCAUACAGGCUUGGAGGACUAACGUGGAAGGAGAUCUUCUUGGCUUUCUCUUCGGAUUGGUACGGCCGGGUCGACGCCACCUGAUUGCGCAGGAGCUUAUCGCACGGAUCGUGCAAUUGGCAGACGAUCUUUCGCCCGACAUCUAUUUUGAGAGUGACGACAGUCCUGCUCCGUACAUUUUCGAGCGAUCAUUGGAUCCGUACCUUCAGUUGACUGCGUGCUUGGAGGAACCUAGGGACGAGGAUACGCUACCAUCGCGGCAGGAGUAUCUGAAGCCGUACGAGAUCAUCCCUCACGCCUUCUAUCCAAGGGUAGAGGAAGUGGUGAUCGACGACGACGAUGAAGAGGACGAAGACGAGGAAACAUCGGAGGAGGGAAGCUAUAGUGAACAUAGCGAGGGCGAGCUGAGCAAAGGAGAAGAGGAGGAAGAGGAAACUGGAUCUGAGUGGGAAGCCUUGCCGGAUGAAGCGACGCGUACAGGAACGGAGGCAGACGAUCCGGAAGCAGUGCGAAAGCGCGAAGAAAUUGCCACCAGGAAGCACCAGCUGGAGUUCGCCAGCCAAGCUAGCCUGCGCAUCGGUAACGAUCCGACCAGGGAUCCAGAGCUGCCGAAGCCCGAAGAUGGCGACCCUGCAGCCGCCACCUCAAGUACCGCGCGACAGAGACGGAGCCGAUCCCCCUCCUCCUCCAGCCCCACCCGUCCCCCAGUUCGCCCACGUACCGAUGCGGGUGAUAGGCCUUCGUCCUCGGACGCUUUCCCACCGACCCCUUGAUUUCCUCACCCUCGAGCAGAUCCGUACCCCCGUCACCUUCCCUUCCCAUCC